GGUGUGCGCUACUGGCUGGAGGGCGGCUCACUGCUGGGGGCCGCCCGCCACGGGGACAUCAUCCCAUGGGACUACGACGUGGACCUGGGCAUCUACUUGGAGGACGUGGGCAACUGCGAGCAGCUGCGGGGGGCAGAGGCCGGCUCGGUGGUGGAUGAGCGCGGCUUCGUAUGGGAGAAGGCAGUCGAGGGCGACUUUUUUCGCGUGCAGUAUAGCGAAAGCAACCACCUCCACGUGGACCUGUGGCCCUUCUACCCCCGCAACGGCGUCAUGACUAAGGACACGUGGCUGGACCACCGGCAGGAUGUGGAGUUCCCCGAGCACUUCCUGCAGCCGCUGGUGCCCCUGCCCUUUGCCGGCUUCGUGGCGCAGGCGCCUAACAACUAUCGCCGCUUCCUGGAGCUCAAGUUCGGGCCCGGGGUCAUCGAGAACCCCCAGUACCCCAACCCGGCACUGCUGAGUCUGACGGGAAGCGGCUGAAGCCCUGAUACCCUCGCCUUUGUUUUUCAGGGGUCUGUCUGGAUGUGGAGAAGCUCUAUGUGAGCAGUGAGGGGUGGAGGGGUGUCGCGGAGACAGGGAAGGGGGAAACUGACCAAGAAAGAAAUUCGAGGGAGAGCAUGAAAGAAGGCUGACAUUGGCAGGAGGAGAGCACCAGGAGGAGGAUGGGAAGCGACCUCCAGAUUUCUCAAAUGGUCAUGCCCACUGGGAGCCGUGGAUAUGCAUGGGGACAUUCUGGGUCGUCCCAGUCACGGAGGGAACCAGGGAUGUCACGCCGUCCCGCAGGGUCCAGCAGGGCCCCAGACCCGAAAAAAGUGUCCUGCCCAAGAUUCCAAGAGCCCUGCCCUCUAGGGCAGGGACAGAGAUUUGGAAACAGAAAGAGUGCAGGCUCUGGAGCCAGAUUGGCAAGAUUCAAAUCCUGGCUCUAUCGCUUAUGAGCCAGGUGGGCCUGGGGAAGCAUCGCCCUUUCUCAGUGCCUCAAUAGCUUCCAGGGUGCGGGACCCUUGGCUGCAGGGAUUGCUUCCGCCACUAGAGGGCGCGCCGGUCCCGCUCCUGGUGGCCUACUGUGGCUGCCCGGGCGACAGUAUGCCCAGGGUCUCUGUUCCAUAGCCAUCUACUCUCUUCAGCCUUUGGACUUCUCUCCAAGCCCCUGUGGAAGGCGGACAGCAGUGACCACCUCCCCUUCUUUCGGACUGCGACCUCCUUCCCUCCUGAGAGAGCCCUGUGACCUGCAUGCUACUCUUAACUAUUCUAUUCAAGACUGAGUAGAAGUAUUUCAGUCUUGCAGAGGAGAAAAUGCUCAGAGCUCCGAGGUGCGGCUGUCGUCGAGAACCGGGUGCUGGACCGGGCGCGGGGGCUCACGCCUGUAUUCCCAGCACUUUGGGCGGCCGAGGUGGGAGGAUCGCUUGAGCCCAGGAGUUCUAGACCAGCCUGGUCAACAUGCCAAGACCCCGUCUCUAUUUUUAAAAAAGAAAAAGAACAGACUUCUGAAUCUCAGCUCCACUCAUGAUUAUUACCUCAUUAUUUCAGCUGUCUGCACCUAUUUCCCCACUUGCACGGCAGGGUAGACAAUAACCGAAGCUCACACUCACUGAGCACCUGCUGGGUACCAGGCACCAUUCUCAGUGUUUCCGUUGGAUCAACUGGAUGCGUCCCUCACCUCAGCCCUCUGAAGUGACAGCUGCUAUUAUUUUCAUUAUACAGAUAAGGAAGCUGAGGCCAGAAUUGUGAAGUCACUUGCUUAAGGUCAGACAGCUUAGGAAGGGGCAAAUUGGGGGCUUGAACCCAGGUGGUCAGGCUCUGGAGUCCACAAUUGUCUUACCCAGUAUGCCCCUCUCUAGUCAUGGUCCCCAAGAGAGGCUUGGAGACUCACUUAGCAGGUGAAAGCAAUGGCAGCCUGCCUUAUUUGAUUAUGCACCUAAGAAUAAAUGGUAUUUGGGCAUGUAUUCCCAAUAUGCGUAUAUUUAUUUAUAAAGACAUACAGAUACUUAUCUGUAUGUUAGUAAUAAAGCUUAAAUUAUUCCGUUUUAAAAUUAU